AUGGAAAAUUCGUCAGACACCGUUUAUUAUUAUCAUCUUUCCGGAAAUCGUCAACCGAUAUCAAUCGAAUCAUCUAAAAAUUUUACAAUAACAACAAGAGAUUCAAACGGAAAAGUUACUAGCAGAUUAGUUUUAGAUAAAGAUAAAUUGGAAUGCCUUUCGAAAAGCUUUCAAAUAUUAAACGGAAAAGGUUCGGUACUGUUUUCAGCCAACGACGAUGAAAUUGUCGUCGGAGCGGAAGUUUUAAGAGUGACAGGUGACGGUGGAGCAAUUUUUGACGGAAGCGUUCAAACUCCUUUGAUAAAAGCAGCGUCAGGAAGUGAACUCAAACUGGAAUCACCGACGCGGUCAUUAGAAAUGAAAGCUCCAUUAGGUGUAGCCAUCGAAUCAAGAGCUGGAGAUAUAAGUGCUUCUUGUUUAACAGAUUUAAAACUUCAAUCAUUAGACGGAGCGAUUCGAUUAGAUUCGGAAAAUGUUUAUUUUUCCAAAUUACGUAAAGGAUUUCAUACGAUAUUUAUCAACUUUGCGCUUGCGAAAACGGAAGAUUGUUCCUUGCACCGCCUUAUGGAUUUUGUGCAGCAGAAGACAACACGAUAUGUCGGUGAAAAUUAA